ACUGAAGGCUGACUGGUAACUCCAUGUACAUGCAACUACCAGAUUGGUUAUAGGUUAAUUAAAUUUUGAGUUAGGUAUUAUGAUGUGGAAACUCCCAACUGUCAAAACAUAAAGGUCUCUUCUCUGACAUCAUACAAUUUUUGUAGAAAAGCCUUUCUAUUUUUGGCCUAGGGAGUAACAUUUCAUUCUGAAUGGUCACCCAGCAGAGGGGUGUGUGUUUGUGUGUUUUCUGUUCCUUAUUCAGACUUUUAGUUAACCCUCUGUUUUCAGUCAUGCAUUUCACCCCUUCCCUCUGUAUCCUCUGCGUCAGCCCGCUAAGCCUCAGCUUUAUCCUGCUGCAUCAGUUACUAUUCAUCUUCUAUCUACAUUUCACCUUCCAGAGAGAUGUGGAAAUCUCUCAUCCUCCAAUGGACUCUGCUGCUCUUGGUGUGAGUUUAUAUUUUCUUUUUACUCUUUUACCAUCAUUUUGGUGGAGUCUUGAGAAGGAGAGGAGAUAAAUACAUGUAUUCAAUUUGCCACCUUUAAUUGGACUGCUUAAUUUUUAAAGUGUUUGUGUUACAAACUUCCCUCUCCUAUAAAUCUGGUCUUGUGAAUAAUGUAAACUUCCUACCAAGAAGAUUGAAGAAGUGAUUCUCUAUAUGAUUAUGGGAGUAAGGUUCAGGUAACUUUGGGUGGUUUAAGGUUUCUUAUUGAGUAAUCUGGAAAGUACUAAAGAUACUGCUCAGGGCAGUGUGAGAUAAACUCUCCCUUCAUGACUUCAAAAGUCUGGUUAUUUAUUUGCAACUGGGGUAAGAUAAACAGUCAAACAACUAGAGAACUGCUACAAACCACUUAUACAUUUAAGUUUUUAUCCUGCUACCAAAACCAUGCUCUGUCCAAAUCUUUGAUUUCUCUAGCUUCCCAACUUUGGGAGGAGAACAAGCUGCAGCGUCACACAGGCAGGCCCCUCCUAAGUCCUACUCACUUACAAAGAAUUUCCCCUUUGAGCUUCUAUGACACUGGCUGGUUACUCACACCGUAGAUUCCUCAGGAUUGGCUGGGACUGCAAAUAAAACAUUGUUUGCCCAUAAUCAAGUCGAUAAGCUACAACAUAAAUGCAUGUAAGUUCCUAUUCUAAGAGACUAUAUCGUGAAGCCUUUGCUCUCUUCUUUCUUAACAUUUUCAUGCAGGACCUGGAAAGGAAACAGUGGCUCCAGCCAUAAGAAAAGGUCUUCAAAGAAAAAUUUAAAAAGCCUAAAAUGGGUCUGUUGAAUUCUAAAAAGCCUAAAGCCAAGCAAGCCCGAAUUCUUCUUCUGGGACUUGACUCUGCUGGGAAGUCUACUCUCCUUUACAAAUUGAAGCUUGAUAAGGAUAUUGUGACUAUCCCAACAGUAGGUUUCAAUGUGGAGAUGAUUGAGUUGGCAAAGGGUGUCUUGCUCACGGUCUGGGACGUUGGAGGACAAGAGAAAAUGAGAGCCACGUGGGGCCUCUACUGUGAGAACACUGAUGGGCUAGUGUAUGUUGUGGACAGUACCGACACACAGCGACUUGAAGACUCCAGGAAAGAGUUUGAGCACAUCUUGAAGAAUGAGUACAUUAAAAAUGUGCCUGUGGUUCUGUUAGCCAACAAACAAGAUGUGCCUGGAGCUCUAAGUGCCGAGGACAUCACCAGGAUGUUCAAAGUGAAGCAACUCUGCAGUGACCGGAACUGGUGCGUGCAGCCCUGCUGUGCCGUCACUGGGGACGGGCUAAUGGAGGGGUUCCAGAAGUUAACUGGAUUUGUGAAAAGCCACAUGAAAUCAAGAGGAGACACUUUAGCAUUCUUCAAGCAGCACUGAGGUCCAAGUGGAGGAACAGACGCUGAUGAAGUUGAAAGGGUAAUUUUUUUUCCAGGCCAAGUAAGAAAAGCAAAUUGUCCAAUUGACAAACUUUUCCUGAAAUGUUAUUUCACCUAAAUUCCAUUAAACUCAGAAUAAUAUCUAUUUAUUAUUCUCAGAAUAAUUGUUAUUUUGGGCCAAGCACUUUAGCAAACUAUGUGGUAAUGAUAAUUGUGAAUGAAAAUGUUACAAUUUUGUGCAUGUUUGAUGAUUCCAAAUAAUCAUAUUUGGGAACAAAUAAAGUCUUGCCUUAUUAUUUUUAUGUAACUACUAGAACAAAGUUUAAGCUGCUAAUAGAGUCAGACUUCUUUCAGACUGUUUCCAGCUGUUACAGGUAUUCAGUUUCCACAAUGCUUCUGUGUAAUAGCUGUGUGGCAUAAAAAAAUGAACUUUAAAUUAUGAGAGGAAAAUGUUUGCUGUUAAUAUUUUAUAAAUCCCUAUUUCCUAAAUAAAGGGAUUUUGUUUUGUUUUGUUUUACUGUA